AAGCGUACAUCCAAAUAUAUACGUGGGAUAUAAAAUAUUCUAAUAUCCGAGUAUAAAGUAAUCGAAUAGUUAAAUGUUUGUAUCAUAUUUUAAUCAUUGAAACGUUCGAAUAUCAAGUACAGAAAAAUUCGACUACUUUCAGACCUAAAACCGUUAUAGAAUGAAAAUAUUUUGAAGAUGUCGGAAAAAGCCUUUUGUUUUUUGCUGGUUAUUUCUAGGAAGGGGCACGAAGAGAUCUCGGGCCAGUCCUGAGCAGAGUUGACGUCACUGGCGCAUGCGCGCGGCAACGGACGGCACUGCAGAAGCAGGCGAGUUCGCGAGUGUAUCGAUUUUACGAUCGUGUCUCUCGCCGCUAGUGCGUCCGUUUCCUUUAGUUUUUAGUGGCCGUGCUCGUCGUACAUGGAUAAAAUCGUGAAUGGGAUUAGUCGCUAGUUUUUCCACUUCGUACACCCGCUGACUCGCAAUUCUUCGUCACCCUCGCCAUGACCAAGGAUAGAUUAGCAGCCCUCACCGCGACCCAGUCGGACGAGGAUGACGUGGCGGACGACGUGUCCGUCAACGUCGGCGGGCAAGAUGACUUCAUGACAGAGUUUUUCGCGGAGGUGGAGGAGAUCCGCGAAAUGAUAGACAGGAUCCAGACGAACGUAGAAGAUGUCAAGAAAAAGCACAGUGCCAUCUUAUCGGCGCCACAGACCGACGAGAAGGUCAAAAUGGAAUUGGAGGACCUGAUGUCCGACAUCAAGAAAACGGCCAACAAAGUCAGGGCUAAAUUAAAGGUGAUAGAGCAAAAUAUCGAGCAAGAAGAGCACACGAACAAAUCGUCGGCGGAUCUGAGGAUACGCAAGACACAGCACUCGACGCUGUCCAGGAAGUUCGUCGAGGUGAUGACAGAGUACAAUCGAACGCAGACCGAUUACAGAGAGCGGUGUAAGGGAAGGAUACAACGACAGCUGGAAAUCACGGGGAGAACGACCACUAACGAGGAACUAGAGGAAAUGUUGGAACAGGGAAAUCCGGCUGUGUUCACGCAAGGGAUUAUCAUGGAAACGCAACAAGCGAAACAGACCCUCGCUGACAUCGAGGCUCGCCACGCCGAUAUUAUCAAACUAGAGAACUCGAUUAGGGAACUUCACGACAUGUUCAUGGACAUGGCCAUGUUGGUAGAAAGUCAGGGCGAGAUGAUAGAUCGCAUAGAGUACCAUGUGGAGCACGCGGUGGACUACGUGCAAACGGCAACGCAGGACACCAAAAAAGCACUCAAGUAUCAAAGCAAAGCCCGACGGGUGAGUCCAUCCCAGAUCAUCGCGCGAACCCACCGACCUUUCGCCUCUAAUUGGUCACUUUUUGUUUCUCCUCUCGAUCCUUGCUCCUCUCGAUCACGACCUCUCUCAACUCUGUCCCUCGUCCUCGUAUCCGGCUGACUCGUUUAGCUCUCCUCCGUCUGGUGCCAUUUUUUCACACCCGCCGUUCCCUGACCUCUCACGCUUUUUGGUUUACUACUAAUUCGCUCUCCUCUAUCUAUGUGCGUGUCACACUUUCUACCGCGGCGCGACAUCUAACAACGACGACGCUUUCUUUCGUACUUGAUCAAAUUAAUUAUCGCUCGUACGAUCGAAUCGCUGCUCGCAUAUACGUGUUUGUAUGUAUGCAUACGCGUACAGCCGAGGGAAUGGCAGCCAUUUUAGUGUAAAUCGGUUGGUUACUGAGAAUCUUUCUCUUUCGGUGAACUGGUGUGUCCGUACCACAAAGGCAAGCUACGUUUGCCAGACACAUAAAAUUUCGGAUAAAUAUGUAAGAAAUAAUAUCGAAUACAAUAUCCUAAGUCGCGAAGCAUCUGAAUCUCCUUUCCUCUCAUUUUUGAGAUACGUGAAAUGAUCUUUAUCGCGCAGAGCGACCUUGCGUUGCAAACUAUCGUGCAUAUUUACAAUGAAAGUAGCAAAACAAGCCUUAAGCUGUUAGAAGUGUCAAAUUACGUACGACUUACAAUUAGCGUAGUUUGCCACUGAGGUGCAGCCAGCGUCUACACUCUGAAGUCGACGUUUUAAGAAACUUGACUUACACGAGUAUGGCUUUGACCUCUCUACAUGCAUAUACGUGUAUCAACAUACACACAUAUGCGUGUAUUUAUGUAUGUAUGAUGUAUGUAUUAUAUUCGCGUCCACACUGACAUAUGUACACACCCUCACACAUAAACACACAUCUAUCGACUUGUUUAUACUCAUUUACUUGAUCCGUACUAUGUCGUUUGUAUACAUGCAUCAUUGUAUACAUAUACAUAUAUAUAUGUAUGUGUCUCUCUACUUGUGUCGCUAUGUCCUGUUGAACAUCAGUGUGCUAAUUGUGCCUCUGUCCAUGAACUGUGUGUCUAUUCGUACUACUAAAACUCUGCGUUACUAAUCUAUGCUCUCUAACUGACUAAUUUGCGUCCACGAUCUGGUUGUAUCGUCGAUAACGGCGGACGAUACAGAUCUGUCUGGAAUUUAGCCUGGUGUUUCUGCUUGAGGUUGAUGAGACGCGUUGCGUGCGCAAUAAGGUGUGGCGCGGUGUGGCUUGAUAUACAUGAUAUGUUUAUACCUCUCUCUACCGUCUACGUGUGUACCUAUAUGUACAUAUGUAUGUGAACGUAUAUACAUACACGCACAACGAAUACAUGUCUACACGUAAUUUUGGGUGCAUCCUCGGAGGCGAUCAAGGGUUACCGAUGCGUAGUGAUGGGAAUGAUAUCGAUACGACACUAUCGAUGAACUGCACACUCCUAUCAGCUAAUAUCGAACAGUAUGGAUACAUGUUUGACGGUUCGACGAAAGUCUUUGACUCGUAUUGCAUCAUUGAAUCGUUUCAUCAUUGAAGCGUACAUUGUACACUCAGGUUACGAUCGUUUAGGUUCGUGGAAACUUUUGGGAGACGCUGACGUCACCAGCGAAGAAACGAAUCACCCAAACGUCGCUUGUACGUAAAUUAGACACGUAAAAGACUAUAUUCCAUUGUUACACAAUGCGGGUCGUAGGAAUAAUGUGCGCAUUUUUGUCGGGAGCAUACACAAACGCACACCUCGCUUCUGCAAUCUGCAUCGUGUAGUAUUCAACGACGCGGUAGUUUUCUGCGCAUCUACCUUGCGCACAAGUGGCUUUAGAUGAUUAAUUUCUUCGUUAGUGGAGAGCUAGUGUCACUGCUCACUGUAGUGCUAAGCUUCUGAUUGAUGAAUCAUCCAUUGGCGAUGUGACAUUCUAUGAAUCGUUCUAUACAUAACUUGUUCACUGUGAUUAGAUUUGUUGUUGGUUCGUCUUUGUUAGGAGGAAUACAAUGUCUUGCUAAUAAUUUGAUUCGGAGUGUAUUUCUAGGUAUUUGUUACAUAUAUUUAUUUACACCGAUACAUUCACGAUGAACGUGCAAUACCAAUACUAUCAAAUUGGUAUCAAUGGUAUAACACAUCAAUAGGGAACGAAGUCUGAUUAUUAGAAAGUAAGCAAUUGAAAUUAGUACAACGUAAAGUAAUUACUUUUAUCGAUUGAAUUUUCUUUGAUUCAUUCAGAAUAGCGUCGAUGUCUGCUGGAUAUUAUACGGAAUUGGUAUCGAUCGAGUAUUCAUUGCAAAAGUUUCGGUAUCAAGAAUUAAUAAGGAAGUAUAGCUCAACAAGUUUAAUAGGGUCCCUAAAGGAGUGGUCUGAGCGUCGUGGGUCGAGUGAAGGGAAUGGGAACGAACGGUUCUACCUCGGUUGAGCAGAAGAUUCCCUAGAGAUAUUUCACGUUGGCAGAGUUCCAAGCGAUUCUCAUAAAAAUAUUCCACGUUCUAUUAGUUUUAACGAGUAUGCAUUUUAAAUAAGAACCACAGACACUCCAUAUGAAAUUCUUCUUAAUCACUUCACGUCCUCGUGGUCCAUCGCUUCGUUCUUGAUGCAUAUGGGUAUCACAGAAUUUGUAUUGUUAAUACAGUACUAACUGUUCGUUAUUUGUAUGGAUUAUUAGUAUUAUUUAUAGAAGAAAAGUAAUGGUGCUUGAGAAAGAUGUUGUACAUAAAUGGUCAUGAUACGUGAAUGUAUAUGAUAAAUGCUUAGAGAUAUUUCUGCAUGUACUAUAUGUAUGUGUAAAUAUACGCAGAUAAUCUAUGUACUAAACUGUAUUUAUAUGUACAUAUACGUACUUGUUACAGAUACUUAUUUAUAUGGAUAUAUUCAUAAUGAAUGUCUUAAUAUCAAUAAUAUCGAAUUGGCAUUGAUGGUAUAAUAGAUCAAUAGGACACAAAGUCUGAUUAGUAGUAAGCAAUCAUAUAGCAAAGGUAACCAACCUAACCAACAUAACAUAAAUAGAACGAGAAGCUUUUCUGGAAGCCAGGAUAAAGAGAAUAUAAAUAAAAUCUUGAUGUAGGUAAGACGAGGUCAACUUGUUGAGCUAUACCUAAAUAUUUUGCUACCUUUCGACGCGUUUCCUGUGAAGUACUCGAGUGUCGAAUUGCUUGGACAUCAGUUGUAAGUAAUCGUAUCAGUCCCAUCGCUACCAAUGCGUCUCCUCUGCCUCGUUCUCUUUCUCC